AUGGAGAAAGCCCUUACGAAAGUUGGGAGCCUAAAAGCUAGUACAUUUUGGGUUUCCAAAAAAGCCAAAGAAGAAAUCUCUAAUAUCAGCCAAGAUCUUUCUACGUUGUCAAGCACUGUUGAAGAGAAGGCAAAAUGGAUCUUCAACAAGCUCAAAGGGAAACCAUUGAAGCCAUUAGCCGAUCUCCUAAGAGAAUACAAUCUGCCUCCCGGCCUCUUUCCUCAGAACAUAAUUUGUUACGAGUUUGAUGAGUUGAAGGCCAAGCUCAUCGUCUACAUGCCCUAUCCGAGUGAGAUCUGCUUCAAGGAUUCAUCCAUUGUAAGGUAUUCAACUCGUGUCAAAGGGACAUUAUCGAGGGGGAAGCUCUCGGGAAUAGAAGGAAUGAAAACUAAGGUUUUGGUUUGGGUCAAAGUUACCAGUGUCAAUGUUGAAAGCUACAAGUCGGAUAAAGUGUGGUUUAUGGCCGGCGUAAAGAAGUCGAGGGCCAAAGAUGCUUACGAAAUGCCACGAGAUGCCAUCAGAGUAGAAGAAUUUUGA